AUGUUUAAGACUCAAAAGAGACAAAACACAGUUGAUUUUGAAGGUAGAACACUCGGUCACAAUACUAGAGGAGACUUCUUCUGGAGUCUUCUGGAUGGGGGCCUCGCAGACCCCAACAGGAAAGGCAGUUCUCCUCUUGUCAAGUAUGUACCGAAUGGCAGCUUCGAUGAGGAGACCGGGAAAACAGAAAUCAACAUCUUUUACAACAAAACAAAGGGCAGUGUGGACUCUCUGGAUCAGAUGGUCCAUGCAUACAUGUCAAAGAGGAAGACCGUGAGACGGCAUCUGACCUUCUUCUUCAAUCUGUUGGAUGUUGCAGCUAUUGCUGCUUAUAUCUGCUUCACUGCUCAAAAUCCCCAGUGGAAUAUCCGCAAGAAACACAGGAGAAAAAUCUUCCUCAAGAUGUUGGGUGAUGAGCUCUGCUUGCCAUCAAUACAAUGCCGGGCUGCCACUGAGAACAUUCCUAAGUCAGCUCGUAUGAGCAUGCUUCUCUGUGGUGUCACACCACUUACCCAAACCCAAGAAGCAAGAACACUGGUCACUGAACAUGGGCAAAGAAAGAGAAAACGCUGUGGACUUUAUCAGAGAAACAAGGACAGAAUAUCUUGUGAAAUAUCAGUUUGUGGGGAACACUCUGUUUCCAAGCACGUUCCCCUGCUCUCAGAACAGACGGCCCACUCACAGCGAGAGACAACCGACCUAGGCCCCGCCUCUCACCAACCGCCACCACCACAACAACAACAUCAACAACAACAACAUCAACAACAACAACAAAAACAGCAACAACAGCAAAAACAACAAAAGCAACUACAACCAUCUCCACCACCACCACCACAACAACAACAACAACCACAACAACAACGACACCAACAACGCGAGAAUGGAACCCGGGCCCCCGGCAAAAGACAUAACUUUGUGGCCGGCCUCUUCCACCGCAGUAAACUCAAACCCCCGGAGAAAGAGAGAGCGAAGAAGACGAAGCCGGCGGCGGAGAAGAAGAAGAAAGAGAACGAGAGAAAAGAAGCAGCAGCAGUAGCGGUGGUCGGGAGGGAUAAAGCCCCCUCUAAAAAGUCCCCCCACUCACAUCAGACGCAGUCUACCACGUCUGGUACAACUGACAGUAGCAGUGGGAAAUGUGGGGUGGUCAACACACUGACCACAGGGCAAAACAACACAUCUGAUCGGUGCAACAACACACUGAACACAGGGCAAAACAACACAUCUGACCGACAUAACACACUGAGCACAGCACAGAACAACCCAUCUGACCGGUUCAACAACACACUAACCACAGGACAAAACAACACACCUGACCAGUACAACUCCGGGCUUACGGGCUCUUACGAAACUCUCGUGAAAAAUCUGGGAAUGAGAGGACAUGUGGACAUUGACUCUUACGACUCUCUUGUGGAUCGCCAGCCAAUCUGGGAAACUACGGCAGACCAAAACAACGCGUCGUCAUCAGCCCCACCAGCCCCACCCACAGGAAAGAAAAAUCAGGAUGCCUUUUCAACGGGUCGGGUAAUUAAUAAAACUGUGACGUCAUCCCAUUCGUCACCGAAAGGAAAGAAAAAUCUGGACACCACUCAUAAAGGUCUUAAAGGUUCGGCCAAACGUUCAGGAAACAACGAAAACAGCAACAACAGCAACAACAGCAGCAACAGCAACAGCAACAACAGCAACAUCAGAACUCUCACGUCCUCGCAACUGGACGCUCAGAUUGACUCUCUUCUCUUCCCAGAUUUUGUACGCGAGACAACAGAUGAUGGCGAUAAUGAUGAUAAUGAUGAUGAUGAUAAUGAUGAUGAUGAUGAUGAUGAUGAUAAUGAUGAUGAUGAUGAUAAUAGCAACAACAACAGCCACAACAAUAAGGCGAGAAUGGAACCCGAAGCCCCGGCAAAAGACACAACUUUGUGGCCGGCCUCUUCCACCGCUAACAACAACAACAACAACAACAACAACAACAACAACAACAACAACAACAACAACAACGGUAACAAUAAUACUAGUAAUAAUAUGAGGUUUGUGUUUUCCGAGAGAAAUUGUUCAAAGUCGGAGCCAGGCUUGAGUGAGGGAUUCGGCGAUGAUGAUGAUGAUGGUGGUGUGUUUGGAGAUUUAGCCAGCUUUGUUCUUAACGACAGACCCAAAAGUGACGGGGCUUCUUACGAAACGACACCGAUGCCGUUACCGACACAGACACUGAAACCAGUACUGACACAGACACGUGUGUCGUUUGGAACGUGUGUUGAUCUGGACCCUGUAGGUGUGUCAGGAAAUUAUGUGUCGUCAACAGCAGGUGUGUCAGGACAUGUGUCGUCAAGAACAGGUGUGUCAGAUAAUGUGUCAUUAGAUGUUCCAACCAUCACCCUCACCCCUACCACACCUCGCACCCCACACCCCCCACACAUAAGUAUGAGCUCAACUCCUCCUAGACACUCCCCCACCCCACA